AUGGCCCCAGUCGCCCCCAAACAACGUACCACAAGCCGGGCCAAAAUUGUCCGGAAAUCAGCUACCACCCCCAUCCCCUCAGGUCUCUUCCCCGACACCUCAACCUUCCACACAAACAAAAAAGACAAACGCCAAAUAAAACAUUCCGUCUUCCUUUCCAGAAUUGAGAAGCCGCGCACCAAGAUCCUAAAGCGACGGCGUCCCUCGAAGAAACUAGUCGCCAAUCUCGAUUCUCUCGUUGAUGCGCUGCCUGACGCCGGUAAUGAAAAUAACAGCCCUAAUCAUAACGAUGGACAUAGAGGGGAGAUGGCCGGCCAGGUGAAUAUCAUCCGGCAGAAGAGUUUGAAACAUAAGCCCGGCGCAAUGAAGAGGAAGGAGAUGCUCGAUCGAAAGGAGAGGGAGCGGUUUGCGAGGAAUCUGGUGCAGAUGGCGGUUGUGGCGCCUUCGCCUUCGCCUUCUGAUACAGAAUUCACAAAUCAUACGCAGCCACAUCCACGGCCGCAGCCGGGAGCCGAGAACGUUCCCAUGUCGAAUCGUUGGGCGGCGUUGCGUAGUUUUAUUACACAGACAAUCGACCAGAAUCCAGAAUUUAAUAAGGCUGCGCGGCCGACAUGA